UAUCUGAACUCUGUGGGAACAUAGUAACUGUACUGCAUGUAGCCUACCCAUUUCUUGUCUUAGUAAGAAACACUGAAGAAAACAAUAGCAUCCACGAUGGAUCCGGACAAAGCUAGCCCGUCCCCCUCCACCCUCCAGGAGUCCCCAGGUCAACUGCCUCUCCGAACUUUACUGCUGGUUCUGGUCGACUGCAGGAAAACACCGGGACAGAGUGGAACUGAGAGACUAGAAGAGGAACAUGGAGAUGUGAUUUCAUUAAGGGACAUCCCUAAUCGUUGCUCUCUUAGAGGGAGGGGCUUAUCAUCUGGGGAGCCUCAACAACAUCAUGAUGCUGACAAGAAAGAGAAGAGUCUCUCCAGAUCAGAACAUCUCAGUAAACACCAGCAGAGACGUAUAGGGAAGAAACCUCACCACUGCUGCUCUGACUGUGGGAAGAGUUUUGCUAAACAAGAUUUGACAAUUCAUAAGCAAAUUCACACUCUAGAGCACGCAUCUAAAACCUUAAAAUCUCAGAGAAUUCAUUCAGGGAAGGGACCUUAUACCUGCUUUGAUUGUGGGAAAUACUUAAUUCAGUCAGGAGCCCAGACCAAACACACAGGAGAGAAACCUUAUAGCUGUGAUCAGUGUGGGAAGAGUUUUGCUCAAGAUUCCACCCUGACUAGACAUCAACGCAUACACACAGGAGAGAAGCCUUAUAGCUGUGAUCAGUGUGGGAAGAGCUUCUAUCAAUCAGGACACCUGACUCUACAUCAGCGCAUACACACAGGAGAGAAGCCUUAUAGCUGUGAUCAGUGUGGGAAGGGCUUCAGGAUGUCAGGAUCCCUGACUAGACACCAACGCAUACACACAGGAGAGAAGCCUUAUAGCUGUGAUCAGUGUGAGAAGAGCUUCUAUCAAUCAGGACACCUGACUCUACAUCAGCGCAUACAUACAGGAGAGAAGCCUUAUAGCUGUGAUCAGUGUGGGAAGAGCUUCAAUCAAUCAGGAGACCUGACUCAACAUCAACGCAUACACACAGGAGAGAAGCCUUAUAGCUGUGAUCAGUGUGGGAAGAGCUUCAAUCAUUCAGGAAACCUGACUACACACCAACUCAUACACACAGGAGCGAAGCCUUAUAGCUGUGAUCAGUGUGGAAAGAGCUUCAGUCGAUCAGGAGACCUGACUCUACACCAACGCAUACACACAGGAGAGAAACCAUAUAGCUGUGUUCAGUGUGGGAAGAGCUUCAGUCGAUCAGGAUCCCUGACUACACACCAGCUCAUACACACAGGAGCGAAGCCUUAUAGCUGUGAUCAAUGUGGGAAGAACUUCAAUCAAUCAGGACACCUGAAGGCACACCAACGCAUACACACAGGAGAGAAGCCUUAUAGCUGUGAUCAGUGUGGGAAGAGCUUCAGUCGAUCAGAAUCCCUGACUACACACCAAUUCAUACACACAGGAGAGAAGCCUUAUAGCUGUGAUCAGUGUGCGAAGAGUUUUGCUCAUUCAGCAUCACUGAAAAACCACCAGAAAGCACAAACAUGUUUUCUUUCAUCUCCCUUCUCUCUGGCACCCGUUCCAAAUCCCUAAAUAAAGUUUACAUAGAAAACAUCUUGUAAACAGUCAUCCAUCUCCCAUUCUCUAACACUUUAGUAAGUCUGAUUGAUCCAUAUGUUACAAACGUCUUGGAGUAGAAGUGCUGUGUGUGUGGUGGGGUGGGGGAGGAGGUUUUCAGAGCUAUCUUUUAAUUUAUGAACUCGUAUUAUCCAUUUAAUAAUGUAUAAUAAAAUGUUUCACCAAUGGUAGGUGUAUAUUCAUGUGUGGGGGAAAUGUUAUCUGAAGAAAGAGUCUGGAAUUGUACAUCAUGUCUCAUACAGUCAUUGGCUCCUGUCGGUGCUGGGUAGAGAUAUGAGGGGGAGACGGUCAUGACCCCCUCAGACCUUUUGGCAGAACGCUCAGAAUAUGUUCUAUAAUUUACAUGCAGGAACCAAAUGUUAAUGAUGAAUAAUGUAAAUCAAGCAAAUAUAACUUGUCUGUGUUACCAGUAUAUAAGAGGACUAACGGGACUGCCCCGAAAGAGCUCCUGACCGACGUGUACUAUGGUGCAGUAAGUUUGUUGGAAUCUCUCCAGCUGGCUGAUAAUAAAUACUUAUUAAUUUAA